AUGGAUAAAUACGGACUCAAAGCUCUCCUGCCCCUGAUAAGGCGUGAGGAUCAAUCUACUGAAUAUGACUCUUCGAUGACAUUGGGUAUAGACCUUACUCCCGUACUGCAUUCCUUGGGAAUACCAAGCAAUCAGCAAAGCCGGCACCGAGUUUUGGAUACAUUUCAAUCGCCGUGGAUAGAAACGUCACGUAGCGAGGUUGAGCCAAGGUUUUUUGUACCGGAGUCUUUUACAAACAUCCCCAAUGUGCUACAAUCGGGGCCUCAGAGUCCAGCAUUCAAUUCGGUACAACAAGACCACGCUAAAAUUUCACUGUUCCAGGAUGAAACGCUUUUCUACCUGUUUUACAAACAUCCUGGAACUGUAGUACAAGAAUUGACAUACCUCGAGCUUCGCAAGCGUAAUUGGAGAUACCAUAAAACUUUGAAGGUCUGGCUAACCAAAGAUCCAAUGAUGGAACCCGUGGUUGCUCCCGGGGGUGCGUCAGAAAGAGGAUCAUACGUGUUUUUUGACCCACAACGCUGGGAAAAGUGUCAGCGCGACUUCGUGCUCUUCUACAACGCUAUAAUGUAG